GUUUGGGUCUUGUUCGCCCGGUCCCACCCCGGGGAUUCGCUCGUUGCGUUCGUUCGACAGUGGGGGCUCGUCGCCUGCGGCGAUGCGCCAGCAGUGUUGCGUCGCCCGCCAUGGUGAUAGCGGUGCGUGUCUUGUCCAGUGUGCUGAGAUCGGCCAGCUCCUUACCCAAGCCGAUGAUUCCAGUGGGUACCACGGUCACCAGGAAAGGCACCACUGGACAGAAAGGUCGAGUGUUGAUCGUGAAGCCGGUGGCCAAGGCCUAUGUCUUGUCAGGACACCUCCUGUCCAAGAUGAGCUUGGCGGAGUGGCUCCUGCAACGGAAGUGGCCAGUCUUGGCAGCCAUCUUGGUGGCGCUCAGCUUGCACAUCGUCGAGCUCUUUGGAGUCUGCAGUGAGAUUUUGGAGUACACAGGAGGCACAGGGGUAGUGUUGGUGACCAGACCCACUUGGGUCUCCUGGCUCACUGGAACCUCCACCUGUGUGUUGCUUGGCUUCGCACUCUUUUGCGUGACGACUCGCGUCCACAGUCAGCUGCUGCGGAUGACCUUCUCGAGUUUCGAUCCCUGGGCCAUCAUCUUUUCGAUGGUCCGUGCUUGUGCGGCGAAGAUCUACUCUCGCCACGUGGUCCAUUUGGCGGCAGAAUAUGAACUCGAGGUGCACAGCUAUUUUGGCUAUCUCAUCAUCGACACUGUGGUCUUCGUGGAACUCAGCGCUCUACUCAUCAUCACCGAAGCGGCGGAUGUGCCCAAGGACUUCACCCGUGGCUUCGUGGCGAUUUGCUUGUGCUAUUCCGUGGCCGCCGCCUUGAUCUCAGGCAUCGAUCAUGACCUACCAGACUGGGAUCGCUCGAGUACCGUGGACUUCUUGUUCUUCUCGUCGAUGGCCCCACUGAGCCAAUACUUUGGUGCUUUUCAAGUGAUUGCGCUUUUGCUGGCCAAAGCAGCUGCCAGCACCAUCCUUCUCAAGCAGGACUUCAUGUACUUACGAUGUCACUAUGAUGUUUGCUUGGAUCAGCUGGAAGCAUGCUUUGCCAAGCUGGCCAUUACCGAACCCUCCAAGAUCCACUUCGAGGACUUCGCCACCGUCCUGGAGAGCUGGGGCAUCUCCGACGACGCGAUCUUCGCGGGCUUCCACCGCCUGGACGUGGAACAGGUGGGCUACGUUGGCCUUAAUGAAUUCAAGGUCUCCUUACGAGGCAUUUUCUCGGAGUUUCCAGACGCCUCCGACACGGCGUUGUUCACGCGCUUUUGUCACAAUGCUUUGACAGAGUCGAUGUGCUAUACCUCUCUGAGUAGUAUGUUGGCCACCGUCUUCGGGCAAUGGCGCAAGCUCCGGAUUGAUCAGUUCGGCAAGCAACUCUAUGCGAACUUUACAUGCCACCCCGAGAUCCAACGCAUUUUCCGUGACGACCGCAUGCGGACGCAAGCACUGCUCUUCGGUGCUUUUGUUCACGCGGCGUUGGAUAGCCUGCGGGAGAAGGACUUCAUCAAAACCGCCAGGACGAUGACUUCACUGGGUCUCAGGCACCAAAAUUAUGGAAUCAAGCCAGCACACUUGUGUUUAUUUCAGCUGGCCAUUUUGAACACCUUAGAAAUGCAACUCAAGGGCCUGUCGGUGCAUUCGGAGGUGGCAUGGUCCGUGGUCUGGACCUAUUUCGUGACCUCCUCCUUCCUUCGUGGCCUGGUCUACGUCGAUAGCGAUCGAGAAUUCAUGCUCGGCACGGUGUCGGUGCUGAUCAAUCAAGCGCAAGAAGCUCCCAACUAUGUUUCAAGCCUCAUCAAGAACAUGAAGAUGGUCUUCAAGGGAGAUGCGGAACAGAAUGAGGAAAUCUUUCAUGAGGAGACUCAAGAACACACGCAUUUGGCCACCUUACUGGACUUCCUGUCCGAGGUCGUCGAGCAGCUCACCCGCUCGGACGUGGCUUCGGCGCGGCGCUUGAUCCGCAGCUUCGCGCAGGUGAGCUGGGAACGGAAGAUCCGCCCGCGCUACAUGCUGGUCUUUCAACAUGCCAUGGCCGUGACCUACCGAGAGCUGGGCUUCCGCUUCACGCCGAAGAUGGAGACGGUGUGGAUGUUCUUUAUGCACUGCGAGAUUCUGGAGGUCUUCGUUCUUGAGCCCUAUGCAUCCAAUCAGUUGAAAGUGGAAGAGUGGGGCAGCAACCUGGGCCAAGAAGAUGUGGACUACGAUGCCUGGAAGAAGCUGAUGGUGCUGGCACAAGUCGACGAGCGCUUUCACACGCCCGGAUGGGAGCGCUUGCACGUGGAGUGUCGGAAGCCAGCGGUGGGAGUCGUGGAUGUGAUCCAUAUCCUGGGCGAAGAAGGGAUACAACACUCUGCAUGGACGUUUGAGAAGGUGGUGCAACAUUAUUGUCAGAACCUGCCGGCCGACGCGGAUUCCUUCCUCGAGUAGGUCAGACCCGCUCCGUGCGACUCGCACUGAGCAGCCACUGACUCGCGCCUUUCACCAUCGAGAUUCCUCGAGUAAGGAGACGAUUUCAGCUCAGCGCAGCGAAGUUAAAGCGGGGAGCGGAGCGAUAUUCUUACACGAGAGGGGGAGGUUGGAUGAUCCUCC